AUGGGGCUUCACAAGUAUGUUCAAAUGGCACUACCAGACAGAGUGAGUACUAUCAUGGACCAACAGCUUCGGAUGGAGAUAGAAGAUGGGGAACCAGCCACUUCAAACUCCAUGCUGAGAAUUUCUUGCAUCACUUCGAUUCUGCAAGUUGGGAUUUCCUGUUCGGAGGAGAUGCCCGUGGAUCGUGUUUCAAUUGGAGAUGCUCUGAAAGAGUUGCAAGCGAUUAGAGAUAAGUUUCAGAAGCUCCUCUGUAGUGAAGAAGCAUCAUCAUCCCACUGA